AUGUCAACAUUUUUGUCGUCAGGGCAUACCGAUGAAGAAAUCAUUGAACUUACUAAUGAAAACAUUAUUGAAUCCGGAGGAUCUAGUAGCAAUAUCAUUAGAUUUAAGGAUACACUAAUAAAUAUCUCGCAAUCUAGUUUCGAAUAUGGCAGUGUCAUUAAAAAACCUAGACAAUUUCGUGCGCUGUCUAGAUUAACAUUAACACUAACAGUUCGAAACUGGAAAACUAAUUUCUGUUGUAUAUUCCUAACACCACUACUAAUGAUGAUAAUCAUGCAGUUUAUAGUUAUCGCGGUCUAUCCUAGUGUACAUAAAGGCGACGAAGACAAGCCACAAGUAAUCUAUUGCUCAAAUAACAGCAAAUAUAUGAAUUAUGGAAAUGUUCCAAACUUAAAACAAAAAUAUGACGAAUAUGGCGUAUUUACUAAUCGGACUAGAUCGUCUCCGGCACUCGUGGAGGAUGUUAUUCGGCCAUUGAUUUUGAUGCGUGACAAUUAUUUUACGGAAGAUGCUAAUAAUACUGGGUAUAGAAGUUGUUCGAAUUUAUUUACAGGAAAUCAGUCAAGUUAUACGAAAAAUCCGAGUCCAUAUUUCGACUCCACUGAUUAUUAUGACCAAGAAACAAAAGAUACAACUUAUUUACCGAAACCUGACAACGGCUGGUGGGAAAAUAUAGAGAAAUUUAAUAAUUCACAUCACUUAUUGUAUAAUCAUGUGCCACAGACAUUUCCCUUUGGAUAUAUAGUAGCAGAAAAUGAAAUAGAUGAAUUAUCUGAGCGUGCUAAUGAUCCCACAACAAGUAUGGCAUACAUCUUGGAACAAUUAACCACUUGCAUAAAAAACAGUGUAAACAGUAAUUCACGCACAGACAUCGAGAAUAAUUUAAAUGAAUGCUUAAAGAACAGCGCAGGACGAAAAGACCAAGGUCCUUUUUUAAAUAAUAUCCCACACAAAUAUUUGAAUCUUCCGUUCAGUCUUUUAAGAAUUUCACCCAAAUUUCAAGAAAUUGAUCACACGAAAUUUUCUAAUGUGAGCAUUGAUACUGGAGCGUUCAGUGGAUCUAACAAGUCAUCUGUCAAUCAAAAUUUAUUUAAAGAUUUUAACGAUACCUUUAUAUCUUUCAAAAAAUUUGUUCUCGCGCCAAAUUCAAGCAACGUCAGGUUUAUAAAUCCACUACCUCAUGGUGCAAUUUUAUUCGAUAAACUUGAUAGCCAGAAUGGAAUUGUUUCGUAUACACUUCAAUAUGGGAGUAUUCCAAAAAUAUGGAGUAUAGUCUUGAGAAAUGUUAAUAAAUUUAUCUACAAUAAAAACGGGGUUUAUGAAGUGCUUAUUCGCGAUAAUAAUUUUGGCACAUUGUUGAAUCUACUUUUGGAUUAUCCUAGUGCCGGAUUUAGACGUUUAAUCGCUUCAACGAAAGAAUAUGUUGAGAUUGUAGCUAAACUACAGGCUAUGCCUCGAAAAUUCGAUAUAAAAGAAUUAGAUCCAGACCUGACUGCAUUAAUUGGUUGGGCAUUUUACCCAUAUGCGAUAUCUUUCUUAAUGCCAAUAUUUGUGAUGGUACUCGUUCGUGAGAAAGAAGAACGCGUAUUUAUAAUUAUGAAGAUGUCUGGACUUAGCACAUUUAAACACACGUUAGGCCAUUAUCUAGAAUUUGCUAUUAUGCAAACAAUCUCUUGUCUAGUGUUCUAUCUGACUGGCUUCGUAUUAGAGUUCACGAUCUUUACUCGUACAGAUCCCUGUAUUAUAUUGCUCUAUUUCCUUAUCUGGAUAAAUAUUCAAGUGGCAAUGGGAUUCUUGUUUAGUGUCUUUUUUUCAAAAACUCGACGCGCUUUAGUUACGGUAUACGUGUUUGUCGUGUUAUCUGCUAUCAUCAGUGGAACAACCGUCUUUAUAUUUGGCAAUUAUCGUCCACCACGCCUUUGGUACAUUAAUCCAUCUUUCGCACUCUACGAAGGUCUUCGUUAUAUUACAAGACGUGCGAGUUUAGACGAUGGUUUUCGACCAUAUGACAUCGGUCAUCUUGACACAUCCGAUGAGCUUUUAGUUAUUAUGAACUUUCUCGUUUUCGAAUGGAUAUUCAUGAUGUUGUUGACCUUUUACUUCCAAGCUAUUCUGCCAACCAAAUACGGGGUCCCUAAGAGCUACUUGUUUUUCAUCACGGAACCAUACAAUUGGAUAAAAAACUACUUUUCUGAUGAGAAAAUCUCAAAAUCAAAUGACUCGAAACUUUAUCAAACAUCGGCAAUUCAAGGGCUCGGAGAAUCGGAGCACGAAAAUUUUAACGAUUCGGAAAGAGAGCGACAACGAAUCCUUAAUGGUGAGGUUAAUCCAUUAAAUUGUAAUUUCGUGGUUAAAGAACUCGUGAAAGUUUAUCGUAAUAAGAAAUUGGCUGUUGAUAGGUUAUCUUUUUCCGCAGAGGAAAAUCUGAUUUUUGGAUUGCUUGGACCUAAUGGUGCUGGAAAAUCUUCGGCUAUCCAUGUUAUGACUGGAUUGUAUCCUCCAACUGCUGGUACGGCGUAUAUAGCAGGAUACGAUAUUCGUACUGAUAUGGCCAAAGUCUACACUGAGAUUGGUGUUUGCCCACAACAUGAUCUCUUAUGGUCCGACUUGACAAUAGAAGAACAUUUAUUGUUCUAUGCACGACUUCGAGGCGUUGAUCCAAAAAAGGAGCGACAAGCUGUAGAACACGCUUUAGAACAGGUGGAGUUGACAGAAUUGAAGACACGUCUCACAAAGAAUCUAAGCGGUGGCGAAAAACGUCGUCUCUCUAUUGCAAUCGCAUUGACCGGAGAUAGUAAAGUGUUGUUUCUUGACGAACCAACCACUGGUCUCGAUCCGGAUGUUCGACGUACUAUUUGGAGAAUUGUGUCGAAAGCUAAAAAAAAUAAAUCAAUCAUCUUAACCACACAUUCGAUGGAAGAAGCAGAUGCUUUAUGUGAUAGAAUAGGAAUAGUUUCAGCUGGCCAAUUGCGUUGUCUUGGAUCCCCAUUAUAUCUAAAAACAACAUAUGGUUCCGGAUUUAAACUGCAUAUAAACUCUUCACGACUAAAUUCGGCAUUUUAUCAGAUAGAAAAAUAUAUCACACCACCAUUCACAAUAAUUAACAAAUUUGCUACGUCGGCAACGUAUCAAUUUAACGCUGCGCGUGGAGUCAUUUCGACACUGUUCAAGGUUUUGGAGGCGAGAAAAAUAGAGUGGGGCAUUGUGGAUUAUUCUAUUAAUCAGAGUACUUUGGAGGAUGUAUUUUUGAG